AAGCGUACUCGAUUCUACGACGUCGACGACCAAAGCCCAAGACACCCAACUCUCACAUCCACACCACACCCCUAUCCAGAUCUCUUCUCACUCUUCCCUAUCCCAACAAAACCAAACCAAACCACCGAAUUAAUCUCUCUCUCUCUCUCUCUCUCCUUGUACUUUUUCACUGUCUAUAACUUUUUCAACCCAGAAAUGUCGGAAGCAAAAGACCCAGCGAUUAAGCUCUUCGGAAAGACGAUUCCCUUGCCGGAUAUUCCGCCUCCGCCCUCCGCCGGACCUCCUCCUCUUCUGUCUGAUUCUGAAAGUCUCAAUCUUGAUCGUUCUUCUUCGCCGGAGGAUGACAAGUCGAGCAGAGUCGGAGAAGAUCAUUACCCUGAUAAUAAGGCCCCAUCUGGUGGAAGCCUGAGUGAUACUAAACAGGUGGAUGGAGCCCGGCCUUUUCCUCCGGAGGAGAUUGCAGAUCCAACUACAGUGGUAAAUGAGAACCCAAAAACACCGUCCGUUGACAAUGAAGCUGCAACAUUAAAAGCUUCAAAGACUGAAGAAGAACAAAGUGAGACCAGUAACUCACAGGAGAAGACCCUGAAGAAACCGGACAAGAUUCUUCCAUGCCCUCGCUGCAAUAGCAUGGACACCAAGUUUUGUUACUACAACAACUACAAUGUCAACCAGCCCCGGCACUUCUGUAAGAAUUGCCAGAGAUACUGGACUGCUGGUGGGACCAUGAGGAAUGUGCCUGUUGGUGCUGGUCGUCGGAAGAACAAGAACUCAGCUUCUCACUACCGUCACAUAGCUGUAUCAGAAGCUCUUCAGAAUGCCCGAGCAGAUCUUCCAAAUGGAAUCCACCAUUCCACUCUAAAGCCCAACGGCACUGUCCUCACUUUUGGCUCAUCAGACACACCCCUUUGUGAGUCAAUGGCCUCAGUUUUGAACAUUGCAGAGAAAACGAUGAGGAACUGUGCCCAAACUGGGUUUCGUAAACCAGAAAAACUAAUAAUUCCAGUUUCUUACGUAGGUGGAGAGAACGGGGAUGAUCACUCAAGUGGAUCUUCAGUCACUGCUGCAAAUUCAAAGGAUGAUGUUGGUAGUAAAACUGGGCUACAAGAUCCAGUAAUGCAGAAUUGUCAUGGCUUCCCACCUCAAGUACCAUGCUUUCCUGGCACUCCGUGGCCAUACCCAUGGAAUUCAGCUCAAUGGAGUGGUCCGGUACCUGUACCCGCUUUCUGCCCUCCAGGCUUUCCUAUGCCAUUCUAUCCUCCACCGUAUUGGGGUUGUACCAUACCAGGAACUUGGAAUGUCCCUUGGGUGACACCGCCUAGUUCUUCUCCAAACCACAUAGCUCCUAGUUCUGGUCCUAAUUCCCCAACCUUGGGGAAGCAUUCUAGGGAUGAAAACAUGCUUAAGCAAACCAAAUCCGGGGAAGAGGACCCACAGAGAGAGAAUAAUCCUGAGAGGUCCCUAUGGAUUCCAAAAACUUUGAGAAUUGAUGACCCAGGGGAAGCUGCAAAAAGUUCUAUAUGGGCAACAUUGGGAAUUAAAAAUGAUAAAGUCGAUUCAGUUAGUGGGGGAGGUCUGUUUAAGCCCUUCCAACCGAAAGGCGAUGACAAGAGUCAUGUCUCUGAAACCUCUCCAGUAUUACAAGCCAAUCCUGCAGCGUUGUCUAGGUCGCUUGACUUCCAUGAAAGCUCAUAAGUGGGUAGCUUGAAGACUUCUUAACUUGCAUUGUGGUGGCAACGGAAGUGUUGGGUUCUGUUAGUCCAUUCAAACUACUGCAACUUUGUUCUUUGUCAGACCACAUCGGUUCACCAAACUCAGAGGAGAGCAAAGGGGAAGAGAGAGAUUGUAGAGUGGCUGAAGUAGCAACUGAUUUCUUCUUUUAUUGGCUGAAGUACGGACAGGUGCAUUUUGAUUUCAUGUAAAUUGUGUGCGGAGAUUCUAGUUCAUGUACAUAUUCAUAUAUGAAACAGGGCAUACUACAGAGUGAGUUUAUGUACCAAAUUCCCAGGUAUAUUAAAAUAAAUUGUGGAAUAAAAUUUGAACUUUUUGUUCCUUGUGAACAUACAGUAACUAA